ACCGCCAAUUAUUUAAGAAUGACACCCAUCCUUCUGCUUGACUUUGGCAGCUAGCUUUAGAAUCCAAUCUUCCGCAGUCUUAGUCCCCUUGAACUCUUUCCGUUGCCGUCUCUGCCCGAGCAUCCUACCGGCACAAUGUCUCUCGCCACCCUUGACACUGCCCAGCAUCCCAGCCUCCCAUCCGCGUCGGAGACCCUGUUCAAGGCCAAAGCCGCCAAGAAACUGAGCUUCGAGCAAAUUGCCCAGCACAUUGGCCGCAAUGAAGUGGCUACCGCCGCCAUCUUCUAUGGCCAGGCCAAGGCUUCCCCCGAAGACAUUGAGAAACUCUCAGGACUCCUGACCAUUCCAUACGAUGCUCUGGAAGAAAGGCUUAGUGGCUUCCCCGACCGUGGUCGCAGCGUUGAGAUGCCUCCCAAGGAGCCGUUGAUUUAUCGGUUGUACGAGAUUGUGCAGAACUAUGGAUACGCGUACAAGGCGGUGCUGAACGAGAAGUUCGGAGAUGGUAUCAUGAGCGCUAUCUCUUUCUCUACCAAGGUUGAGAAGGAGACGGAUGCGGAUGGAAAUAACUGGGCUGUGAUUACCCUGCGCGGAAAGUGGCUGCCGUUCUCGCGGUUCUAGGUCGGGCUUAAUGACUGCAUAUAUAGGCUUAUGUAAAUGAUUUGCUAAUGAAU